AUCCCGCGUGUCCUGCCCGGCCGCAUCCCGCGUGUCCUGCCCGGCCGCAUCCCGCGUGUCCUGCCCGGCCGCAUCCCGCGUGUCCUGCCCGGCCGUGCCAGGAACAGACGGCAAUCCUGCCCCUUCCCACCAUUGAAGGCUCGCAAGCGCGGGAAUUCGGCGGGAUAAAGAUAAAAGGACACAGAAAAGAAGAUGGACUGGAAAACUCUGCAGACUGUUUUGGGAGGUGUAAAUAAGCACUCYACYAGUAUCGGGAAGAUAUGGCUCACAGUCCUCUUCAUCUUCCGUAUCAUGAUCCUGGUUGUGGCUGCAGAGAAAGUUUGGGGAGAUGAACAAGAUGACUUUGUCUGCAACACCCUUCAGCCUGGCUGCAAAAAUGUUUGYUAUGAUCACUUUUUCCCCAUCUCUCACAUCAGACUCUGGGCCCUGCAGCUGAUCUUCGUCUCCACACCUGCGCUGCUGGUGGCCAUGCAUGUGGCUUACACCAAGCACGAGAAGAAAAGGAAGCUCAGAAAUGGUGAGAAAAUUAACAUCGAAGACCUAAAAAAUGAAAAGAUUCACAUUCGGGGCCCCUUGUGGUGGACGUACACCAGYAGCAUCUUCUUCAGGAUCGUCUUUGAAGCUGUCUUCAUGUAUGUGUUCUAUUACAUGUACGAUGGGUUCCAGAUGCCUCGCUUAGUGAAGUGUGAAGCUUGGCCCUGCCCCAACACAGUGGAUUGUUUUGUGUCUCGGCCCACUGAGAAAACCACAUUUACUAUUUUCAUGCUUGCUGUAUCAGGGAUCUGCAUGAUAUUGAAUCUGGCUGAAUUGUGCUACCUAGUGAUAAAAAUUUGCAUGAAAGGCCCCAGAAAAACAACAAUUCUGAAAUAAUUCCCCAGUUUCAGGAUUUCCUGGCUCCUUGUUUCCCUUAAACUUUCUUAGGUGUAAGAAAACAAUAAACAAUAUUUUCACACUCAAGGAAAAGGAUAAAAAAAUGAAUGCUCAUUUGUGUUUUAAAAAUAACAGCUUCCCUGGGAAGCUGAUGCUGAGGCAGGUUUUAAAGAUCAAAAGCUAAUUCAGUAUUUUUGCAUCUGCAAUUAGAGAGAAGCAGUCUUCUGACAGCAGCUUCUCCAAGUAUGCCUACUGCUGGGAUCCUGUUGUUGGGACAGUCUUCCAAAAGUGGGGGUGGAAAGGACCAGAGAAGGCUCUAGUGCCCAAGGAGAUCCAGGAAUCACAAACACACUCUGUUAGCUCAGAGACAAGCCAAAACCAAAGGAUUUUGGUUGAAAGUAGAUACCAGAGGAUUUUUGGGGUACAUUGCAGCUUUUGAGAAGGAAGAAGACAAGGAGGUUCUUGUGUUUAUGGUAGGUGUCCUCUCUAAGUGAUCUGGAGAGCAAGCAAAUGUUGUAGGAACACAGAUAUUCUGGCAAUGCAUGCUAUCAGCUCUGCUGGGCACCAGCAUUUUUUUUAUUCUCCUUGCCUCCACUAAGAAGCAUUUCAUAGUGUUGGGGGAGGAUAGUCUCAACUGCCUGUGAAUGCCAUUGGGUCAGUGCUGCCUCCCCAUAGUCACAGAGCCUGCAUCAGUGGGAGGAAUUAAGUUCGUUUUUCAUUCUCUUGAUCUGAUGAAAAAAGGGAUUUUCACCUCUGGGAAGGUGGAGACAGUGCAACUGUUUUCCUUCUCUUGUUCUCCCCUAAUACUUGGUGUAGAAUUUUGGUACAGUAGACUUUAUCUGAUGAAGAGACUUUUAACCACCUGACUGUGCCUCACUCAGCUGUAUGCUUUUAAAAUGUUUUGGGUUGGUUUUUUUUUCUGUAUAAAAACCAAGAAAAAAAUUGCCUUUUUUUCAUUCUUGGUUAACCAAAAGAASUGUUUCAACUUACAGCAUGAUAUACAGUGCUCCUUCCAUUGCUCCCUUUCUUCUAUCCAGCCUGCAAAGCUUUUCUUCAUAAAACCUUUUCCCUAUAUGAGGUACCUUUGAAAUGAGUUGAGCAAACCACUCCCAGCCUCUUUGACAUUCCAUAUUGUGAGAUUAGGUCACCAUUCCUUUUCUUAGAGUUGGUCUAGCAGGAAUUACAGACAGCUUGCAGAGCUAAAAUAGAAAAAGGGACCCAAUCAGAAAUGAGGAGGAACUCUGCAUUUUUCUUAAAGUUCACAUUUCUGAGUUGUAAAUUGUGUAUGACUGUCUUGGUUUGAAAGACAGGUGUUUGCCGAUGAAGGCAGGGACCCCCCCUUGGAGUGGUGGAUAUGAACCCCCCCCCUUCCCUCCGAAUUAUUACAGCUUUGAAAAUCACAGGCUUUCAGGCAAGAAUAUGGGUAAAAGGGAAUAACAGUUUUUACUAAUAUGUAUAACAAGGUGAAACAAGUAACAAUAACGAUAGCAACAAGCAGCCCAGUGCCAAACCCAGUGACAGCCUCACACAGACACACCCUCCCCUUUGGUGCAGUUACAGUCCCAGUCGGCAGGGGCGCUGUUGGCUCCCGGCCGGGCAGGGUGGGUGCGAUGAUUCCCCGGUGGCUGCAGGGGGCGCUGUGGCGCGGGUCCCGGCUGGUUCAGAUCUCCCAGUGGCCAAUGGUGGACACAAACCGGCAAAGGUGGAUGGAGAAAAAGUUCCUCUGCAAACUCACAGCGGAAACGCUGAUCUCGGUGCUCCUCUGGACAGCAAGAAACCCCAGAACGGCCAGAUGGGCAAAAAGACGAGCAGAAUCCUGCGGCUGCAGACGGGAUGCAGCAGAACUUGACCACUGCAGCUGGAAUUGCAGGGUUCCCCAGCAAGGCAUGGUGGGGAGAGGAGGUGGGCACAGAAGAUCACAAUGCAACAAACAGGAACCAAAGACUGAAGACGCUGAACUCUGCAGCAGCAGGUCCACCAUCCUCCCCCGAGCCAAGCAGGGCAGGAAGUGAAGCUAC